AAUGAGCAGACGGAGGGUCUCGGUUAAAGAGCUGGGGAAGCCGGACUACCAGGGCUGGCUCUACAGGAAGAAAGAAGGGAAGGCCUUACUGGGUUUCAAAUGGAAAAAGUACUGGUUUGUGCUGAAGAAGACUUCCCUGUACUGGUACACUACUCAACUGGCAGAGAAAGCAGAGGGAUACAUUAACCUGACUGACUUCAUCAUCGACAGAGCAUUGGAGUGCAAGAAAAAAUAUGCCAUCAAAGCAUGUCACCCGCAAGUCAUGAUUUUUUACUUUGCAGCUGAUACCUACGAGGUGAUGAACGUUUGGUUGAAUAAGCUUGGGCUUGCUUCAAUACAAUACGAACCAACAGAGAGCAACACUGCUGAGUGCUACAGUGAGGCAAGUGAUCACGAGGAGGCUGAGACGACAGAGGCUCCCCCUCCCCCAUACUCUGAGCAGAUGAACCAGGGCUCUGUGGAUGGUCCACCUGGCAGUGGACAUCAGGGUACCCUCCCUCCCCCCUACUCCUCCCCCCUUCCCAGCGAGACCAAUGGCUCCUUCUCCUCACCUGUCAGCACAAUGACAUCACAGAGUUCCGUGUCCUCACUGGCCAAGCAUCGUCAGUCAUGGCUGGACCUUGUCUCGCAGGCCUCUCCUGUUGUCGGAGAAACGGUGGUGUGCUCUGUGCAGGUCCACACACAUCGGCCCCCACAUACUCAAGAGAACGAGGGGCCCCUACAGCACCACCAGGAGGCUUCAUCCUACCAGGACCCUCCAGGGAGCACAGCCAGGGAGGAGGACUUUAACCCCAGGGAGCAGACAGAGGAGGUGGCUGUGCUAGAAAUAGGGACAGAAGAUGUGAACCAUGAAGCCACAGCUGAUGAGAUGGAGAGACUGUACAUCCACAUCAAGCAGGCCAACCUCUCUCCCAUAGGAGACCGCAAACCAUCCACCAAGAGGGACUUCAGAGCCUCCUUUAUAAAGAGAUGCAAAAACCAGGACAUUAACGAGAAACUGCACCUCAUCAGGACCCUCAACAGCACGCUAAAGGCAAAGGAGGCAGACCUGUUGACCAUUGAGCAGGUGCUGUCAGAACCCACCCCCUCCAGAUUCAGGGAAUGGAAAAAAGUCAACACACCUCUGCUCCAGGAGAUCUGUCUCAAGCAUGGACACCAGGUGGCAGCAGAGGUAGAGCCCUCUGCAGCAGCAGCCAAUGCCAUUGCUGUCCCCUUUGUAGAGACCAGUUUAUAAUGGAGUAGGAUGAAGUUGCCCCUAAACACUGAUCUAAGGUCAGUGUUUAGUUUACCCCACUAAUGCUUAUGGUUAAGACUUGGGAUGGAUGAGCAGAUUGCGUUCAUGUUCCUAGGGGUAACUUUUACUCAGAAUGUUUAUAAGACUCACUGCCGUUAUUGUCUACCCAUAACCCAGUAGCACUAAGGGUUGUACACAGGCAGCCUGGUCUCAUAGACUAGACGUAACAUAAUAAACAUAAAUCUGGGAUACUGAAAUUAGCAUGAUAUGUUACGUUUGGUUACAUAAGAUAGAAGAUUACUUAAGACAAAAAAACAAGAAGAGGGUGGUUUGUUGGGGUGGAUCAUGGAUGAGUGGGUGUAUAACGCGAACGUCUAACAACCCAAAGGUUGCGUCUUCAAAUCACACCAAAGGUAACUUUUGCAUUUUAGCUAAUUAGUAACUACUUGCUACUUUGCAACUACUAAAUAUGUUAGCUACCCCUAACCCUUUAACUUAACUCCUAACCUUACCCCUUAGCCUAGCUAGCAUUAGCCACCUAGCUAACAUUAGCAUUAGGCACCUAGCUAACGUUAGCCACAACGAAUUGCAAUUCAUAUCAUAUGAAUUGUGAUUCAUAGCAUAUCAUCCGAAAUUGAUUGGCAGCCACAAAUUAAUACAUAUCAUAUGAAAUGUAGCAUAUCAUACUAAAUGAAGGAAGACAGAUUUACAUUUUCUAUGAUUUACGUUUACUAUUACUCCUACCACCAAGUCCAGGUUGACACAGGCCGCAUUUUUAUCUAACAUAUGAUAGGAAGCAGCUCAUGUGUUGACUCCCCACUAAGUGGAAUCACGAUAAGAGGAAAGUGUCUUAUUUUUAAAGUUGGAGUUGAUGCAAACAUUUGGUUGAUUGGAUGACAUUAUAUGGUUUUAUAUUGUUUAUGUUGUCAUUUAUCUUUUUAGGUUUAGAGAUGUAACAAUUUACCUUUUCUUCUGUUGUGAUAUGUACAGUGUUUGCUUGCAUUUGUGUUAUCUCAAGUAGUGAGUGAUGGAACAUUGGGUAGAUGUGUCCAUCUCUGAAAGCUAAUUUCCACAAGUGUUUGUUAUUUUGCAACAUGAUCGGUUGCCUAUAGGACAAGGUUUUAUUUUCUAAUAGUUUUACAAACAGUUCAACAGACUUGCACUAGUGCUGCCUUGAAAUGUACAGUAUGUAAGCUUUUGAUACAAACUUUUGUGACUGUUAUCUUGGUUACAUUUGGAUCAUGAUAUCUUUGUGGUUUUCCUAGAGACAUUUUAUCAUUCAACAUUGCUGUAUGUGAUAGCUGUUACAUUCAGGUCCUGAUACUUUGAUGGAGACGUUGUUAUGCAAGCAUUCCAUUUUGUGCCAGCAACAAUGAAUCCUGAAUUGUAAUUUAUAUGAUUUAGCUGUGGAAAAUAUUUUAAGUUGUUUUAGCAUUGUAAAUAAAGUAAUUGUACAUAGGUAUAAAGUGUGC